AAUAACACCAAAGUAAUCUUAUCACUGAGAGAGAGAGAGAGAGGAGACAGAGAGACAGAGAGAUGGAGGGGGGAGAGAACAGUUGUCAUCCAUUGUUGAGAGGAGGAUGGAGGGAAAGCAAAUUCAGCCAUGGUUUCUCUUCAGCUCAAAUCCAAUCAUUGGCUGCCAUAUGUGAAGCUCUUUUACCUCCUCUCUCACCGGAGGACAUCCCAGAUGAGCACCACCCCCUUCAUUCCUCCUCCUCCUCCUCCUCCUACACAGCUUCUACCUCUCAGCCUCCCAUCCCAGAUGAGGUAGCAGAAUUGAUGGUGAAGAGGAGUCUACCAGAAGUGGUGGGUGGAGUGAGGGUAUUUCUGAAGAUGCUGUCAUUGAGAUUAGGAACAUUUUUGCUCUGUGGGAAAUGUUGCUUUGACUGGAAAUGGCCAUUCAUUCACAAAUUCGCUGAAAUGUCAUUGGACAAAAGAGAACAAGUCCUCAAGAAAUGGUCGAGGCAAAAGCUUGUCAUCACAAUCAGAUUGAUGUUCAUGGUGGUCAAGAUGUUCUGCUUCUACACCUUCUUCUCCAGGGUUGAUGAGAAUUCAAGAAACCCGGCAUGGAAAGCGAUUGGAUACGAAUUAGACAGGAAAGAAAAGUUGAUCAAAACUCCAAAGGAGAGACCUCUUGAAAAGGGAAUCAUAGAAACCGCUUACGAAAGCGAUUCUACCCUCGUUGAAUCUCUCACGAAGAAAGGCCUCGAUCUCGCGGACGAUGCAGUAAACAAUAUCCACAAGAUCAAAUGUGAUGUUGUCAUUGUUGGUUCGGGUUGUGGAGGAGGAGUUGCAGCGGCAGUUCUUGCUCAAUCUGGCCAAAAAGUGGUCGUUCUUGAGAAAGGGAACUACUUCGUGCCGAAAGAUUACUCUUCUCUAGAAGGCCCUUCGAUGAAUGAGUUAUACGAAUCGGGUGGAAUUCUGUCAUCGGUUGAUGGGAUGGUAAUGAUUUUAGCCGGUUCAACAGUUGGAGGAGGCUCUGCUGUAAAUUGGUCAGCAUCUAUCAAAACGCCAGAUAAUGUUCUUCGUGACUGGUCUGUGGAUCAUAAGAUUCCGCUUUAUGCAAGCGAGGAUUACAAAUCUGCCAUGGAUAUUGUGUGUAAGAGGAUCGGUGUCACGGAGAGUUGCACCGAAGAAAAUUUCCCAAAUCAAAUUCUGCGAAAAGGGUGCGAAAAUCUUGGUCUGAAAGUUGAUGCAGUUCCAAGGAACUCGUCCGCGGAUCAUUACUGCGGAUUUUGCAAUUAUGGUUGUCCGACAGGGGACAAGAAAGGGACUGAUUCGACUUGGCUAGUCGAUGCUGUGAAAUUUGGUGCCGUGAUUUUAACAGGAUGCAAAGCUGAGAAGUUUAUACUUGAGAAUGACAAUGAAGGAGGUAUACGAAAGCAAUGCCUUGGGGUGCAAGCGACAUCUCUGAGCAAGAACAUAAAAAGGAAGCUGCAAAUCGAGGCAAACGUGACAAUCUCAGCAUGUGGGUCUCUCUUGACUCCUCCUUUAAUGAUCUCCAGUGGACUUAAGAAUCGGAAUAUUGGCCGGAACCUCCACCUUCACCCUGUUCUGCUGGCUUGGGGAUACUUUCCGGAACACGAACCGGAGUUUAAAGGCAAAAGUUACGAGGGAGGGAUCAUCACUUCACUCCACAAAGUGGUUUCUGGGACUGCGAACGUGCGCACGAUCAUUGAGACUGCUGCGGUCGGGCCGGCCACGUUUUCCACAUUGUUUCCAUGGACUUCAAGGCUUGACAUGAAGGACACGAUGGAGAAGUAUGCAAGAACAGCUAACCUGUUUGCACUAGUGAGAGACCGCGGUUCAGGGGCGGUUAAGCGAGAAGGGAGGAUCCACUACACAUUAGACCAAUUGGACAAAGAAAAUCUUCAAGUAGGGCUAAGGCAGACUCUGAGGAUCCUGAUUGCAGCAGGAGCUGUUGAAGUGGGGACCUAUCGGAACGAUGGGCAGAGGAUAAAAUGCAAGGGGGUUGAAGAGGAGGAUUUGGAGGUGUUUUUGGACACGGUUGUUGCCGCUGCAGGGCCGAGUGCGAGGGAGGAGCUGUGGACAACUUACUCAUCAGCUCAUCAGAUGGGGAGUUGCAGAAUGGGGGCUACUGAGGAGGAAGGAGGAGUUGAUGAAAAUGGUGAGAGUUGGGAGGCAAAAGGGCUGUUUGUUUGCGACGGAAGUUUGCUUCCAACUGCAGUUGGUGUGAAUCCAAUGAUCACCAUUGAAUCCACUGCUUAUUGCAUUUCCAAGAGGAUUGCACAAUCUUUGGAGAAACAAAAAUAUAUAUCUUAGUAAUUAUAUUUUCUUGGUGCUUAUAGAAGCCCCAAAAUAUAAAAAUAAAUCUCAACGCAUAAUAUUUGCACCUCUAGAAUAAAAAUCGAGCGGUUGUUUUGCUCAAAGUUAAUCUAUACUACAAGAAGGGGGAUUCAAACUCCGGUGCAUAGGUGAAUAAAUUUGAAGAAAGCUGUAUUAUUGAAAAUUCCUUUUUGACAGAAACAGCCUCAGAACUUCUCUUCAAA